GUUAAGUUCAAAGCUUACGGUCUUGUCUUCCAUGUUUUUUAUUACUUUUUUUCCUACUCUCUGCCUCUCUCUCUCUCUCUCUCUCUCUCUGUUUCUCUCAGCGCUGACUUGACAAUAUACAAGAAAACCCUAAAAACAAAAAGAUCUCUAAUCUUUUCAAACUCUCAAAUGAAUGCAGAUAUGUUUUUCUAAAUAUCAGGCUGCGUAGUUUCUGCUGAGAUGUUCUGUGCAUGUUGCAGGUAUGGCAAUGACGUUGAAAAUUCGAUCCUGAUCCAAUAUUAUUCGCAAUGCAAUUGGUAUCAAAUGAUAGUCGCAAGGAAGAUAUUUCAGAAAGUGAACCGAUCUUAUCCCAUUCUAACAUUUCGCAGCACUCAGAAGAAGAAUCACCGUCCUCUCUUGAAAUUAAAUCUUUAGGAAGGGAUUGUGAAAUUCAUGUUGAUGAUUUAGAGAGUAUUCAGAUUGAUGAAACUUGCCAUCUGGUGAAUCCAGACCAUCCACAGUGCCGUAUAUGCCUGGAUAAUGAAGGGGAAGACUUGAUUGCACCAUGUCAUUGCAAAGGCACUCAGAAGUAUGUCCAUAGGUCAUGUCUUGAUAAUUGGAGAUCAACUAAGGAGGGCUUUGCAUUUGCUCACUGUACAGAAUGCAGAGCAAUGUUUGUAUUGCGGGCAAAUGUCCCAGCUGAUCGAUGGUGGUUGAGAUUGAAAUUUCAGUUCCUUGUUGCUAGGGACCAUGCAUUUAUUUUUGUAGUAGUUCAGCUGAUUGUUGCAUUCUUGGGUGUGCUGGUGUACAAGUUCUAUGGGGAGGAACUAAGGGAAAUGUUUGGCUAUGAAGAGCAUCCCUAUGGAUUCUAUACUAUGGCUGUUUUAGCGAUUGUUUUGGUGGGUUUGCUCUAUGGUUUCUUCAUUGCUAUAAUAUGUGGACAAAGGAUCAAUGAGCGCCACUAUCAUGUUCUUGCCAAACAAGAACUUACAAAGGAAUAUGUGGUGGAAGACAGAGAAGCUAGCAAGGAUGUCCCUGAACUUGGAGCCAGUCAUGUCUCGGAGCUAAGAAUGUUGGGUCUUUAUUAGUCUUGAAUUCUCUUGACUUCUGUGUACUCUGUCUUGCUAUCCUGUGCCUGGUGUUGAUCUGGUCUGCAUGAAUUUAUGCAUCACUCCAUAGCGUGUAUGUUGAAAUUUUUCAUACUACUGUUUCAAGGUCUUACAAUUCUGUGUUGUAUCUCAUUUUUUAACUUGGCAUUUGAAUUUUUAGAAACCCAUGCCCGAAGAUGAUCUUUUCUCAAUCAAACUACACAACCACAAAAGGUGUGGUUUGUCUUGUAUAUUUCUAUACAUGUAUGCGUUUUGACUCUUGUUGUGUACUCGAUCAUCAGCUUCUUGAGUUUUAUAUGUUAAAAUUUAUUGAUUUACAAAAACA